CAUCAAUUAUGAGUGAAUAAGAUUACCAAGGCAAUUCACGAUAUUCAACACUACAAUCAAAUAAUUAUUAGAGUCAGCUCUUGUCAACUCAUUUUGGAAAAUUAUUAAAUAAGAACGAAGCAUUCUUUAACCAUCUCAAAGGGGACUGUAUUUGCGGCCGAUGCAUAUGCGGAUAAUGCAAAUGUCCUAAACUGCUUCUGUCUAAUGAUUUUAAGAAGGGAUAAGAAUCAUUAUAUUAAAGGGAUUUUAUUACACAUGGAAAAUUAAGGUAAAUACCUCUAAUUGAUCACAAUGUAACUUACAAGAGUUAAUUGCCAAUGGAUAUAGAUACUAUAUAAAGAGUAUUGUUUAACUCCAUAAAUUUAGAUUACAUAUUAAGCUCAUCCUGAUGCUAAACCAGCAGAAUCUUUAAAGCCUGAGUAAAAAGUGUUUUUAAUCCCAUUUAGUAGUUCAUCAGCAUAUAGAGUACUUAUAUUUGAUAUUAUUUAGCUUGAUUAUGCUGGAGGCGGAAUGUCAUCUCUCAAAGUUAAUCCACCUCAUCAUCCAACUGUAGUAGAUAUGCCUAUGACUACUCAUUCUACUUAUUAAGAUAACUUCUAUAAAAAACCAAUUCCAAGGGAAGAAUUUCUAACAACUGCGAAUAAAAGUAGCUUUAAAAGCCCAAUAUCUCCAGAACUGCCUUUUAUUCAUCAAUCUACAAAUAAUGCUUUCUACAAGCCUUAUCAAACUGGAUAACUUAAUAAAGUUGAUCCUAAAUAAGUAAAUUAAUAUAUUAAAAAUUUUAGAAUGUUAAAAUGACUCCUGCUUUUGAAGGUCAAUUUAAUUCAACCACUUAAAAAGAUUUUGAUGACAAGAAUCCGAAAAAGUGCCCAUCAAGAGUAUUUUUGAAUUCCUUAUACAAAUAAAAACUUUAAUAAAUAGCUUGA